GGAGUCCAGCAGGGAGGGGAGGCUGCGUUCUCAUUGACAAUGUUCCACCCUGUGCCGCGCAACCUUCCCUUCCUCCCUAUCUCUGUCGCACACACGCGCAGAGCGGAGGGAGGCGGCGGCCGCCACAGCACCAGCUGUAGCCCAGCCAGCCAGCUCAGAGCUUGAGCAGCAGCAAAGACAGACAAGCAGCAGCAGCCGCAUGGCGGGGCUGCGCUACCCGCAGCAAGGCAGCAGCUACUGCCGCACAGCCACGGCCAUGAACCUCCUGCUCGGCGUCUUUCAGGUCCUCUUGCCCUGCUUUCGCCCGGGAGAAGCGCAGGGUCAAGCGAUUGACCCGAUCCCCAACGUGGUGGAGUUAUGGCAAGCGGAGGAAGGCGAGCUCCUGAUGCCCGCCCAGGCUGAAUCAGAAGAGGAUGUCGAGGAACAUCCACAAGAACAAAGCUUCUCAGCAAAAAUGCUUAAUGGGAAUGUCCUCCAUUUUCACCCUUCAAUUCUCCAUUUUGGAAUGCAGUUACUGGGACUGCCUAAAGCUAAAAUGCUAUAUGCUUACAAUCCCAGUAAGGAUAGAGAUGUAAUAGUGAAUUCAGUGUUUACAACUUCUAGGCAUUUUCAUGUGUCUCCUGUUCAUAGCAGGGUGAUUCCAGCAAUGGGAAAAAGUUAUUUCAGAGUACUGUUUCUUCCAAUAGAAGAAGGCAGUUUUGAAAGUUCAUUAUUUAUAAAUACCUCAUCUCAUGGAGUAUUUUCAUAUCAGGUCUUUGGAACAGGAACUUCAGGGACCAGUUCAGAAGACUCUAGAAAGCAGCUAGCAAAUACUUAUUUACUGCUUCCACAUAUCAACAGUAUCCAGAUCUCUCAAACACUGGCAGAAACUAGAAACGUCAGUCACUUAAAAGUUCGUCUUGAAUGCAGUUUACAUAACAAGUUGCAUCAGCAUUUUAAGAGUUGCUGCUUUGCAUCCGAUGGUCUGAUGCCGCUAGAAAUAAGCUUAAUGGUCAGAGUGGAAAAUAUGCAGCAUGAAUUUGUGGACCUUAGACAAUACUUAUUGGAAAACCUUUUUGUAGUUUAUGUAGCAGUGGACAAAACACAGACCUCAGAUGAUUCCCCAGUAGUCUUGUAUGUGCUGCAUUCAGGGAGCAACCAUUUGUAUGUGCAGGAUGUAAAGCAUUUAUCACAGAAAGGAACAUUUUCUGUGCUGUUUGAGCCAAUAUUGCUGCCAUCAUCAACCACAAAUUUUACAAAAGUUGCUUCCAUUGUUUGUAAAGGUACAUUGUGUGGCCAUGAAAAUAGUCAUGUUGUUAAUGGAAUGAUGACCCUCUUAGACAGUUCAACUUUGCUAAAAGCAUGUCUUUCCCAUCCUGUGAUGGACGGGUACCUUGGCAUCAAUCCAAUUGCCAUGGAAUUUCACAUAGAACCACAUCACAGUGUUUCAGCAUCUUGGUCUAUAUGGUUUACAAACAAUUUUGAUUUUAACAUUGUGCUAAACAAUGUCUAUGUUGCAGGAGAAACUAAGGAUGUUUUAAAGGUUCUGAACUUCACGAAUCCUUUGACUCUACCUCCAGGCUGUUGGAAUGUUUUUUCUUUGAAACUCUAUGUCAAAGAAUCUGUAACAAGUUUGUUUACUAAUGUUUUUGUGACCACAAAUGUUGGAGUGAUACUUGAGAUACCACUACAGAUUUAUUCUGCUUUGUCCCAGCAGGGAGAUCUUCAUUUUGAAGCCAUAGCACAUUAUGAUAUGUACUGUUCUUUGAGAAUGUCAGACACAGCAAACCUCCUUUGGGAAAGGAGCCUUUCUUUGGACAGUUCUACAUGGCGUGUGGAUUCUGAUCUAGCGUAUGAACUCCAUGAAAAAUGGCAAAAAAUUAAGCACAAUGAAAUGUGUAGGAAAAAGUUUGGGGAAAUGAUUCAAGUGUUCAAUGAGAAGAUUCCCGAGGAAGAGUCAUUUGCAUUCUCUUUGCCCCACUUGGUUACAGAGCUGGGUCUUACACUGAAUUUUAAUGCAGCUGCACCAAUGAAUAGCAUGGUUAAAUAUUUUACAUUAAGAAAUCCUUCAUCUUUCCCAGUUAUGUUGCAACUGCUGCCUCUUUCUUAUUAUCCUGAUCCUCGAGCUCCAUUGAAUCUACUCAGCAAAUGGUUUGGUGCAAGUGUACGAUCUAUUAAUUACACAACCACUGAAUUCCGGUUGAUAGAAGAUUAUGCUCACAGGGAUGAACUACAGGACCAGGAUUACAUCCGAUCAAGUUCUGAAAUGAUUCAUUUAAAAUUGCAGCCUUUAGAAAGUAAAAGAGUUGGUGUUGUCUUUACACCUAUUGACUUCAAAAAAGUAACUUCCCUUAUAUUGGUCCGGAAUAAUUUGACUGUUCUGGAUGUGGUUUACCUAGAAGGCGUUGGGGCCAGAGAAUUAUUGAAAGUAGGAGGAAGGUUGCCUGGGGCAGGAGGAUCUCUUCGAUUUAAGGUGCCAGAAUCAACCCUCAUGGACUGCAGACGACAGCUGAAAGAUGGCAAGCAAAUUUUAUCUAUCACAAAGAACUUUAAAGUUGAGAAUAUUGGUCAUCUUCCUAUCACUAUAACCUCUAUGAAGAUUAAUGGGUACAAUUGCCAAGGAUAUGGGUUUGAAGUACUUGACUGCCAAGAUUUUUUCUUGGCACAGAACUCUUCACGGGAGAUCAGCAUUGUAUUUACUCCAGACUUUACUUCAUCAUGGGUAAUUCGUGAGCUGACUCUGGUGACUGCUGGUGGGGUGGAGUUCCACUUCACUCUCAACGUCACCCUUCCUCAUCAUCUUUUACCCCUGUGUGCAGAUGUGGUGCCAGGACCCAGUUGGGAAGAGUCCUUCUGGAGACUCACAGUGCUCUUUGUCAGCUUAUCUCUACUGGGUGUGAUUCUGAUAGCUUUCCAACAAGCACAGUAUAUUCUGACAGAAUUCAUGAAGUCAAGACAAAGGCCAAAUCCCAGUUCUUCUCCGCCCCAAAACAACAGUUCUGUGGACAUAAUUAGCUCUGAAUCGUACAAGGGCAGCUGCAAAGCCUUUACAGAUACUUUCAGCUCUUCCGAUAAAGGUAAAGGAAAAGGCUCCCUUUCUGUGGGUAGUGCAACCAGCCGUAGCCAGAAUGCUGCUAAGAGGAGUCCAGCAACAUACAGUCAUUCUCAGAAGAAACACAAGUGUUCUGUAUACUACGGUAAACAGAAAUCAAACACAGCAACUAGUGGUGCCAUUCUAACUACUGAUGACAAACAGAACCAGACUGUUGAAAAUGAACCUUCAACACCAAAGGAGGACAUUUGCACUGUUAGCGAGAGCUGGCUAAACCUGAAAUAUGCAAACAGUAUAAAUGUAAACAUGCAAAAGAACUUAACACAUCCAGGGAACUUUGUAGAUAAAGAAGAGAGUGCAUUGAAAAAUGCAACACUUAUGAAAAAUACUUCUUCAGAGUGCAGUUUGAAGGAGGGUCUCCGAACAAGUAUGUUUCCCAAGGAAACGAACCUUAAGACUUCGGAAAAUAUAGCUGAGCUCAAAGUACCUGAGCUGUGUCCUUUGAAGUCAUCAAAGAAGCUAUCUGAAAGUCAUUUCUUAAGACAUUCGCCUCAGCAACAAUCAGAAUUUCAAGAAGUUUGCAGAAAAAAUAAUGGGAAUAACCAGCAAGUGCCUCUCAGGAAUGAAACAGAAAACUGUGAGACUUUGAAAAAGCAGGUUAACACAAAGCCUUCCACAGAGAAGAUGAUAAAUAAAGGGCCUAAAGAUGAAUCACUGUGUUGUGGGAAACAAGAACUUUCUUCUGCUGAGCAGGAGGAUGCUCAAAGAAAAAAUGGGUCUCAGGAAAAAAGAGGACACUUAACAAAUACAAACUGGAAUAGAAAUAGGACAAACAGGAAAAAUAAAAAGAAGCAUACUAGUGGAGCUUCUCGGGUUCCUGAACAGGCUGAAUUGAAGCAUGUGUGCAGUGAAUUUGGACCUGAACUUAGAACUAACUCAAGGAACUGGUAUUCUCAGAGCAAUGGAGAAAUUUGUAAAGCAGAUGAGAAAACUGGCUUGUCUACACAGAGAGAAGCAGGUUUCUAUCAGUGGUCCAAAAAGAAGUGCAUAGAAAGGUUUUGCUCGGAUUCAAGUUCAGACUGUGGAAGUUCUUCAGGAAGCGUGCGGGCCAGCCGAGGCAGCUGGGGCAGCUGGAGCAGCACCAGUAGCUCUGAUGGCGACAGGAAGCCACUGAUCCCCAGCAGACACUUCCUUCCUUCUAUCAUUGUUUGUGCAGGGGAAAAUAUUUCAUGCAGUGAUUUUCCAACUGAAACACCUAUCACUUUAAACCUCUCUCACAACAUCUGCAAUACCAGAGAUGUGACUAGUGUCCCACAGUAUCCAGAGAAUCUGUGUCCCAACUUCACUGACAUAGCUGCAGAGCCAGACAAAAAUAAAGGUCUCUGUCCAACAGGAGAUCUGUGGCUGCCUCAACCUGUCUGCCUGGCGAACAGUGUAAACUACAACCUUGAGAACAACAUACCGUGCAUGAUCCAGGAAAACCCUUCUUUACAAAAUGGCUUCGUUGACUGGAAUGCUCCAUGUGAUGGCCAACAUGUACUGCCCAACAUGUACUGUCCAGUGGAAGUGAAUGAGUACAGUGCUUUCCCAGAAGAAAAUAUGAACUACCACAAUGGCUUCACAUGCCCUGCAGAAGUUCAGAAUACACCCUUCAUUGAUCAGAACUGUCAGUCUCCUUGGAGCACCCCACCUAAUCUCCCGCCAACUUGGGAACCUGCCAACUACAUCAAUUCAACACCCUACCUCUCAAGCACCAGAAGUUUGUCACCCAUGUCCGGACUGUUUGGUUCCAUCUGGGCCCCUCAGAAUGAUAUCUAUGAAAGCUGCUGCCCAGUCAGUGCCACCACUCCACAUUCAACUCAGGUUGAAAACCAGGCAGUGCUAUGUAAGCAGGAAUACUACCCGAGAUUUAACCCAUUCCGUGCCUAUAUGAAUUUAGACAUAUGGACUUCAGCAGCCAACCGGAAUACAAAUUUUCCUAUUUCGAGGGACUCGGGUUAUUGCGGAAACAUGUGAAAAGGAAUUUGGUUUUUAAAAUGUGAAAUAAAGAUGCUUUCAGUUUUGAUUACUAGAAUGGUUAUUGAACUAGACUUCAAUGUUGGUGGAUAUUUUGGCACUUUUGUAUGGAAAAUAAACUUUUUUUUUUUUAAA